AUGACUUCUAUUAUAGGCGUUUCUUCUAUCUAUCCCCAGACUCCAUGUAGUGAGCUUUACAGAAGAGCAGCAGCUUCAACGACAACAACAACAGCUACAACUAGCAGCCCUUCUCUUUCUCUUGCGUUUCCAGAUAGGCCUCACUUUAACAGUGUUUUGAGAGCCAAGAGUGGCCUGGUCAGGCAGUCUAGUCUUGUUGCUUCAGCUAUUGCAACGCCCAAUUCGGUGCUCAGUGAAGAGGCGUUCAAAGGGCUCGGUGGCUUCUCUAAAGACUCUCUGGACUCGGACUCGGAAUAUGACUCUGAAACUGAGCCAGCUUCUGCUGCCAGUGAUGAUGAUGAGCUCGCUCUUUCCAAGUUGGGUUUGCCCCAGCGCCUCGUCGACAGCCUUGAGAAACGUGGCAUUUCAAGCCUUUUCCCUAUUCAGAGGGCUGUGCUAGUACCUGCAUUGGAAGGUCGAGAUAUCAUUGCUCGUGCAAAGACUGGGACUGGAAAGACAUUAGCCUUCGGAAUUCCAAUACUGAAGCGCCUCACAGAGGAUGAUGAACAGAGAAGUUCUCAUAGGCGGACUGGUUAUCUUCCUAGGGUUCUGGUCCUUGCACCUACUCGGGAGUUAGCGAAACAAGUGGAAAAGGAGAUUAAAGAAUCUGCACCUUAUCUAAACACUGUUUGUGUGUAUGGGGGAGUUUCGUACAUAACACAACAAAGUGCUCUCUCACGUGGAGUUGAUGUGGUGGUUGGAACUCCUGGUCGAAUUAUUGACCUGAUUAAUGGUAACAGCCUCAAACUGGGCGAAGUUCAAUAUUUGGUACUCGAUGAAGCUGAUUCAAUGCUUGCUGUUGGAUUUGAGGAGGAUGUGGAAGUAAUUUUACAAAAGCUUCCAACUCAGAGGCAAAGCAUGCUGUUUUCUGCAACUAUGCCUACUUGGGUGAAAAAACUAGCACGGAAAUACUUGGACAACCCAUUGACGAUUGAUUUGGUUGGUGACCAAGAGGAGAAGCUUGCAGAAGGGAUCAAACUUUAUGCUUUAUCAACCACUGGAUCUUCAAAGCGGACCAUUCUUAGUGACCUUAUAACGGUUUAUGCAAAGGGUGGGAAGACCAUUGUUUUUACACAAACAAAACGAGAUGCUGAUGAAGUCUCAAUGUCAUUAACAACUAGCAUAGCUUCUGAGGCAUUGCAUGGAGAUAUAUCGCAGCAUCAAAGAGAGAGAACAUUAAAUGGUUUUCGGCAAGGGAAAUUCACUGUGCUUGUUGCCACUGAUGUUGCAUCCCGUGGACUUGAUAUUCCCAAUGUUGAUUUGGUGAUCCACUAUGAACUUCCCAAUGAUUCAGAGACAUUUGUACAUCGUUCUGGGCGUACUGGACGUGCAGGGAAACAAGGUACUGCCGUUCUGAUGUUUACUAACAACCAGAGGAGAACAGUUAGAACUCUUGAGCGUGAUGUGGGGUGCAAGUUUGAGUUUGUUAGUCCCCCAACUAUUGAAGAAGUUUUGGAAUCUUCUGCUCAGCACGUGGUUGCUACUCUCAGUGGAGUUCAUCCUGAAUCUGUACAAUUUUUCACACCAACUGCACAGAAAUUGAUUGAUGAACAGGGAACAAAUGCCCUUGCUGCUGCACUAGCACAGUUGAGUGGAUUUUCUCGACCUCCAUCAUCCCGGUCCCUUAUCACUCACGAGCAGGGAUGGACGACAUUGCAAAUUAUUAGAGAUCCAGCUUUUGCCAGAGGGUUCCUGUCUGCUAGAUCUGUCACUGGGUUUCUUUCAGAUGUUUAUUCUGCAGCUGCUGAUGAAGUUGGAAAAAUACAUAUAAUUGCGGACGAAAGGGUUCAAGGAGCAGUUUUUGAUCUUCCAGAAGAGAUUGCAAAAGAGUUACUAAAUAGACAAAUACCUCCUGGAAACACUAUUUCCAAGAUAACCAAGUUGCCAGCUCUGCAAGAUGAUGGGCCAGUGAAUGACUACUAUGGCAGAUUUUCAGGCAGAGAUCGGAAUAGUCGACGGGGAGGUUCUAGGGAUCGUCAAGGAUCAUCAGGUUUUAGAAGUUCCAGGGGUUGGGGUUCCAGUGAUGGUGCCGAUGAUUCAUUUAGGAGUGGUGGUAGAGGUGGUGGUAGAGGUGGUGGUCGAAGUUAUGGAAAUAGCAACAGUCAAUCUCGGACUUCAAGAAGCAUAGAUGAUGAUUGGCUUAUUGGAGGUAGACCAUCAAGCAGGUCAUCAUCCCGAGACAGUUCCAGAAGCUUUGGAGGUUCCUGUUUCAAUUGUGGGAGGUCUGGCCACAGGGCAUCAGAAUGCCCUACCAAGCAAGGAUAUUAG